CUGCUGAAGAUGCGUAACAAAAGGAGUGGGAGAAAGAAGUGCCUUCAUAACAUGGUUUCCCAUUCAGCGGAGACCCUCAGUGACCCAGCGGUGUCAUCCUUUACCUUUUUCUAAUCGCAGUUGGCUCCAGUCCUGAGAGGCAAAUAGCACCAUGAGCAGAAUUUGGCUGCCUGUCCUUCUUGGAUUAAUUUGCGUAUACGCACAACAAUGUCCUGAGAAAAAUGGUAGAUUCGCCGAUCCAAGGCAAUGCGACAAGUACAUCGAGUGCGAGGACGGAGUAGCGACGGAAAAACUUUGCCCUGACGGCCUACUUUUCAACGACAAGGCACGCUUCUUCAGCUACCCUUGCAGCUACCCCACAGAUGUCGACUGCACUGGAAGGGAAGCCACUCAACCUCCGCAGCCGUCUGGGGAUUGUCCUCAUCAGUUUGGGUACUUCAGAAUGGGUGCCGACGCUACUCAGUGUGGGCAGUUCAUGAACUGCGCCGACGGAAGGGGCUACGUGUUUGAUUGUCCCGAAGGACUUGCUUUUGACUCGACCACCCUGCAGUGCAACUGGCCUGAUUUGGUUGCAGAAUGUGACGCUGAGGGUUUUUUGGGCUUCACUUGUCCUGAAGAAAAGGUGAGCAGUUUGGGUCCUGCAGGCUUCAGCGCCAGCAGAUAUUUCCGCUCCCCUGACAAUGACUGCACCAAAUAUUUUAUCUGUGAGAACAACCGGCCUAGAAUGUAUAGAUGUGGAGUUGGACGUGCUUUCAAUGAAUUUAUCAACACCUGCGACGGCCCCGAAAAUGUUACUGGAUGUGCGUGACGAGAAGAAGGAUUCCUUUGCUUAUGAGGUGUGGGACGGAAAUAAAAAUAUUUUAAUUUAA